AUGGCUCAAAAGAAAGUAUUACUUGCAUUGACUUCAUUCAAUGGCGUUUUUUAUGCUGAUGGUACCAAAACUGGUGUUUUCGUUGUCGAAGCUAUGCAUCCAUUCAAUGCUUUUAAAUCUAAGGGUUUCGAAGUAGAUUUCGUUUCUGAAACCGGUACUUAUGGUUGGGAUGACCAUUCUUUAGCUCCAGAUUUCUUAACUGGUCAAGAUAAAUUGGAUUUCGAUGACAAAGGUUCAGACUUUAACAAGGGUUUGAAAAACGUUAAGAAAGCUAGUGAUGUUAACCCAGAUGACUAUUGUAUCUUCUUUGCCUCUGCUGGUCACGGUACUCUUUUUGAUUACCCAAAGGCUAAAAGUUUACAAUCGUUAGCGUCAGAAAUCUAUGACAAGAAUGGUGUUGUUGCAGCAGUUUGUCAUGGUCCUGCAAUCUUUGAUGGAUUGAUUGAAAAGAAGUCAGGUAAACCAUUGAUUGAGGGUAAAGUCAUCACUGGUUUCACUGAUAUUGGUGAAGUCAUCUUACAGGUUGACGGUAUUAUGAAGGAAAAGAGCUUGUUAUCUGUGGAAGAUAUUGCCAAGAAAUAUAAUGCUAAAUAUGUUCCACCAAUUGGUCCAUGGGAUGAUUAUUCUGUCACUGAUGGUAGAUUGAUCACUGGUGUAAACCCAGCUUCGGCCCAUUCUACUGCUGUUAGGGCAAUGGAUGCUGCUAAGCAAUAA